CGUCCUUAUUUUCAAUGUGUCGACGUUAAUUACACGGUCAUCGAACAAGACGUGCCAAGAGCGGCCGGCUAACUGUCGCGCAUGUGUCUUCUUCAAUCACCGGUCAGCAGUGCAGAGUAAAAUCGGCCACACAUUCUGGGUCGGACAGAGACUCUGUUCCUCUUGACGCCGUCGUACUAAUCCACUAAUGUGACUGGGCAUCCAGAAAACUUUACCAUGGCAAUCAACAAGAAGACUCAGGCUUCGUGUCGGAUAUUAGGUGCCCUUCACCAGUCGCUGACCCUUGUUAUCUUACUUAUGAAAGGUAUGCCUUAUCUUAGUGCCAUGCCUCUCAUGCUUGGGAAUGACCAUUCACCUUUAACAAUACCAUACCUGCCACUCAAAUAUGAACUUCAAGAUGAAGAGUCCUUCUUCUUGCUGAAGAACACAAAACAGGACGCUCAACCAUUAAACACAAGCCUUCACGCUCUCACACAGCCAAUUUUAAUCCUGAACAGUACCAAAGAGCACUCUGGCAUCAAAGUGAGUCUGGGAUCAUUUUCCACGUGGCAACCACUGCCCAAAAAUCCGCUUGGUUUUGAGAAUAUUUUCCCACAAAAGUCAGCGGGCUUGACGACCAACUGGAAUCUUCAAGCCCACGUUCUACAACACGAGGUCUUCUCUUCUAACCCAAAGCUCCAAGUUGUGUUUUAUAUUUCUGGAAGGGAUUGGAAUAAAAAGGAACAAGCAGAUGACCUGCCAUGCGUGAAACUACAAGCUCUCUCAAAAGUACAGGAGUUGAAGACGUCUUGCCGACUGGCAGGAGAGCUUGGGAUGUGCUUGGUGGAACUGGCCAUACCAUCGACGUGGUUUGAACAAACUGCCAGCAAUUCAAACUCAAAGCUCCCCAAGGAUGGCGCAGUGACGUCUGGACUCAUUGAAUUGUAUUCUGAAAUUUUUCCUCCCGAUGAAGAAGGCAAGUGUGGCUCUGGCAUGUCUAAAACCGUUCAUGAUUUCCGUACACAAAAUGAGGCAGAUACAAGGCGCUUAAAGCAACUCCUUCGGCCGAUUGGGAGAGUCAUCGUGCACGCGCCUUCCCGCAAGCCUCCAGAGCAGCAGGAGGCAAGGCUUGAUAAUAAUGUCGUGAUUUACCUCCCGACAAACCCAGCAAAGCUCGAUGACAUUCUAAGUAUUCCUGUGUGCCUCCUCCACAACUCGACAAUUGAUCAUCUUACCAUCAGGGUAAAAUGCAAGAGAGGCAUAUCGUUCAUUGGUGUCCUGCCCAGCGAAACGAAUGUUUUUGACAUUAACACUGAAAUCAACAAUGGAGAGAAGUUUUCGACUGCCACACUGCAGAUCACCCUGAAAAGUGGAGCUACACGAGACGGUGACAACUCCGGCUCGCUGGAAAUGGCUCGUAUUGAGAUGGUGGUGGAGAGCUUCAGCCUCGCCCCUGCGUUCCGUCGUUUACUCUGGCAUCUCGAGUACCCGCAGGGAGGACCUGCCCCUUCCUUGGACCGCAUCAACACGGAAAUUGUCGUCAAGCAGAGCGAUGCACAGGCACUCAUCCCCCUCGCAAUGAAACCAGAGUUGGUGAACACAGCAGUGCUGACAGGCAGGCCUGUGAUUGUGCCUUUGAGAGUUGUCACCAUGGGAACAGACGGCCAUUUGUCAGAUGUAUCCCAGCAUGCCCACUGCCAGUCGGAGGAUGAGGACAUUAUUAAGGUGUCAGAAAACUGUGGCUGGGCAUUUGUCAAUGGCAAGGAGAGCAGAGGCUCAGCCCGGGCACGUCUCAUCAUCACCAAUGAACACCUGCGUGUCUCCUUGGAUAUGACAGUCUGGAUGCCUCAGCUGCCCCUGCAGAUUCAACUGUCUGACUCUCAUCUCAGUGUUAUUAAAGGCUGGAGGGUGCCAAUUUUUCACGAGAAAAGCACCGAGGAGAGCAGUGACGAAGAGGAUGAGCCCAAGGGCCGUGGCUGCAUGUUGCAGUCCCAGCAUGCGCUGGUGAGCAUCUGGACCAUGUUCUGCACCUCCAGCGAUGAGCCGGCAGAUGGCAGAGGUCCUCACGAGUCGCCAAUGCUGAGUCCCGAGUGGCUGGUGGACGUCACGGAGCUGGUGCUGGACUACAUGGUGGUGGAGGACACCAGGACCGCCCAGUUGGUGGGGGGCAAGGUCGUUGUGGGGCUUGUGCCAGGGAUGACGGCUAUCCAGGUCCUAUCGCCGGUGUCGGAUCUGAUUCUGGGGGAACGCGCGGUCACGGUGAGCAAGGAGAAGGUGUCCAUCAGCCGGCUGCACGUGACGCUGGUCUCAGGGCUGUCCCUUACGCUGCGACCCAGUCCCUCGGAGUCAAACGUGGUCAUCUCCACCACCACGGCACAGCACACUCUGCAGGUGCUCAAACAGGAGGCCACGCUUGUCCUCUGGCUGCAGUUUAGCGAUGGCACGGUGACACCGAUGGACGCCUACAACCCUCGGGACUACGUCCUCUCCGUGAGCUCUCUGGACGAGAGCGCACUAUCCGUGCGCUUCUCCUCGGCGGACGGAUGGCCCUCCAUCCUGGCCGAGGGCGAGGGCAACGAGCCGGGGGGCCUUCUCAAGGUGGAGCUGCUCGUCUGCAAUGGCUGCCAGAAGUCUAAGCGCAGGGGCUCGCUGGCGACGGUUAACGUCAACGUGAGCGUCAGCUUUGGAAAUGCCUUCAUGGGCACAACUCCCAAUGUUCAGUGGGAUCAGAGACACCUGCACAAUGGCUCGCUCCGGGGCCACAUCUACACGGAGCGAGAGGAAGUGGGCGUCAAGCGGGGCGGCACAACGUCUGGGCCCCAGCCAGGCGAGUGGCGGAAUCAUGGCGUGGGCGACCAAGGUGAGUCUCUGCAAGAGGUCCUUCAGAAGCGGGGAAGCUCCGACAGCCCGCCCGUGGACCCCAAAUUUCCGCAGAAGGGCACCGGUGUCAGAAGUGCUGGCGACCAAGCCCAGAGACCUUCCGGCUUGAGCGACCUACAAAUCGGGAUGUACACGUUGCUCAGCGUCUUCUGCCUGGCUAUCCUCGUUUUCCUCAUCAAUUGCACGGCGUUCGUCAUUCGCUACAAGCGGAAGCAGCUCGUGCCGCAGGCACAGGACGAGAUCGGCACGCACUCACACGACUGGAUCCAGUUGCGGAACGUCGGCGACGAGCGCGGGAGCCAGGGGGGCUUUGCUUCCACAUCAAAGCAAUCGGGUGAAGCAGCUGCCGACAGGAAGAUGGCGUGCAAUCACAUCAGCCGAAGCCAUCCGAAGAACGAGCUGGUGAUCACGCUGCAGGGGAUCGAUGACGCCAUCCGAGAAGGGAGCCCCAAGUCCAAAGCGAGUGACUCCUCUGUUCAUCCCCUCUCACUGCAGAAAAAGAGGGUGACGUUUUCGGCCUUCACCACUGUGCACAGUCCGGACAAAAUGGCCGAAAUAAGCCAGACAAUCCCUGUAGGGAAGGAACAAGACAUUGAAUGGCUGUGCCUUGACCCAGGCUUAAGGGACUCUGAAGAACCACACACUGAUAUCCACAGAAUCAAAGAAAGUGGAUAAGUGCCAAAGACUGCAAUCUGAGUGCAGUGAGAAGGCUGCCAAUUCUAAUCUGCUGACACUUAUUACCGGUAAUGAGCAUUCAGCACAAAACGGGACGUGUUCAUUCAGCCCUAGGCAAUAAUGGAUCAUUACUUUUCCAGGCCAGAACCAUUUGCUGACAUUUAAUUUUAACUCUAAAACACCCUUUAUUUAAAUGGUUACAGCAUGUUUACUGUGAAAAAAGUGCAUGCUACAUAAUAAAAAAAAUAGAAAUGAAAGCAUAAAUAGUCGGUAAAAUAAACACUUUAACAAGUAUGUAUGUUGUGUUGUUAUUUUGUGCAUGGAAGGAAAUAUGCAAAUGAGCAUUGUAAUUACUAUGUUUUAUUAAUUGCCUUUAUUUUAACAGAGGCACGUUUACAAGUGUACAUUAAUUUUCAUAGCAGCUUUAAAAAUGUGUGAUAAUUAAUUUUACCUCGACAAGGCAAAAUGCAAGGCUUGGACAAGCACGGAGUGAGGUGUUUUGUAGCAGCUAACAUUACAUGUGUAACCUUGUGUCCCUGCCAAGUCUCACGUUAAAAUACAGAGGAGAAAUUUACAAGUUAGUGUUACAUGAGCAUUGCAAUUAUCGACAUUGUGAAUUGUCCUAGGCAUGGAUUUGUUAACCUUGCAAGUAGUUCAUGUGAUGCAAGCAUGUCUGAGGUAUAAAGCAACAUGGGAAAACAUGUAUAAUUUUUUUGUUUCAAAAUACAUUAUAGCACUUAUUCAACGUGGUUUAGCCAUGUAAGUUGCUCUGAAAUAUGUAACCGAGUCAAUAACAAUUUAUAGAACAGCAAAAGCAAUUCUUUUUUUGCCAGUGUUGCUUUCUGAACAUUACAAGACAUUAUAAAAAAAAAAAACAUGAAAUAAAAAUGAGAUCAAAAUAAAAUAUCUAAUUUAGGCUUCAUGUACAGAGGUGUCAAACACUUACAGGGAACCUUGUUAAGAUAGUCAGCUAUAGCUUGAAGGGAUGCAUGUUAAAAUGUGAUUGAGUGUGCGUACGUACAUAAACACUGAGUGGAUGUGUUUGUGGUCACAUCUAGUUGCAGUUCAUAAUUAAGAUUGUUGUGUAUUUGGUUUUCUUUUUUUUUAAACACAGAGGAAAAUUAUCACAUUAAACUUGUGUCAGUUAUUCGAACAAAAUAGAAAGUGAAAGGUUUAAUAAAAAAUGUUUUACAUAAUGUACCUGCGAUUGAUAAAUGUCCUAUCAUCAGGGAGUGGGCUUAUCCCCAGAACCUCCUUCUUCACAGAGUAAUAUUCCACCAUAUGCGUGUGAUAUAAUUGUUAAUAAAUAAUGUUGAUCCUCUAGAAAAUAAAUAUAUAUAGGAUGUAUUUUCCGCAAGCCUCACUGGUCAAGGUAAAAACCAUAUUGCACAUACACAAACCAAUUAACACGAAAUUAUUGACUGGUUAUUUAUUUAAAAAAAAAUCUGUUAUGUAUAUUCAAAAGAUCCAGUGGUAUAAUUAAUACCUUUAGUUUUAAUGCUAAAAGUAGAUUAUAUAAAUUAAUGUAAAUAUGUUAGAUUCUUGGCUUUUCAACUUUGAAGGCUUGCAGUCAUACAUUUGGGCCUUCAUCCACGGGUCACACGAGUGCUGUAUAAUUUAACAUGUCAGAACAUUUGCAGCAGAAGAAUGCUACUCGGCAAGGUGUCCUGUAUCCAAUCAUGAGCAUCGAUCAAAAAAGUAAUAAUAUUAGAGCCAUUCAUGGGCACUUUUGAUCAUAUUAUAUCAUGUCACAAGGUGUAUGUAAUCAAUGUAAUCUUAUCAAUAUCCAAUGGCAGAGCCAGCCCUGUUGCCAUCGUCUACAAUGACUAAGUGAAAAAUAACACUGUGUAACACAAUUUUUGUUCCUGGAUAGUAAGUUAUUUCGUAAUUGCUUAUGCAUAAAAAGUAUAGAAAAUGGCUAUUAUUCCCCACAAACUUUGCUUUUGUGACCAGGACAGUGAUAUUUUGAAAUGUACUUAUUUUCAAUGAGAAAACUGGCGAAUUUAUAUCUUUCGUUCACAUAAAGUAAGAAAAAACAACAUAUGAAUAAAAAUUUACGUUUAUUUAUACUUAAGUAAUACAAAAAUUACUACAAAAGAUUUAGAAUUGAGUAGUUUUUCGAGAUUUACGAUUAUACUGUAAAUCACUUUCACGAAUCAGCCCCCAAAUGUAGUCUCCCAUCAUGUUCUCGUUAUACUGUCCUUGGUAGUGGCGUUCAAAGUCCAGUAUAUCCUGGUGGAAGCACUCGCCUUGCUCCUCUGAAUACGCUCCCAUGUUCUCCUUGAAUUUAUCAAGAUGAGCAUCAAGGAUAUGGACUUUGAGGGACAUCCUACAGCCCAUUGUGCCGUAGUUCUUCACCAGUCUCAACCAGCUCCACGUAGUUUUCGACCUUGUGAUUGCCCAGGAAGCCACAAACCACUGCGACAAAGCUGUUCCAAGCCGCUUUCUCCUUCCUAGUUAGCUUCUUGAGGAAUUAAUUGCACUCCAGGAUCUUCUUUAUCUGUGGUCCGACGAAGACACUGGCUUUGACCUUUGCCUCCAACAGCUUAGGGAAGAAGUCUUGAAGGUACUUGAAGGCUACCGACUCCUUAUCUACAGCUCUGACAAAUUGUUUCAUAAGGCCCAAUUGAAUGUGCAGUGGUGGCGUCGGCACCUUCCGGUGGUCCACCAGUGGCUCCCACUUGAUGUUGUUCCUCCCCACAGAGAACUCGGUCCGCUGUGGCCAGUCCCACCUGGACUAGUUUGCCUUGGUGUCCCUGCUAUCCCAAAGGCAUAGAUAGCAGAGAAACUUAGUAAAAUCGCCUUGGAGACCCAUCAGGAAUGCCACCAUUUUGAAGUCCCCGAUGACUUCCCAGCCAUACUCAUCAUACUUCAAGGCAUCCAGCAAGGUCUUGAUGCUGUUGUAAUCCUCUUUGAGGGGAACAGACGGUUACUUGUUACCAUUAUGGAGCAGAACGGCUUUGAGGCUCCUGAAUGAGCUGUCAAUGAAGAGGCGCCACUCAUUCUGGUUACAGGCGAUUCCGAUUGCCUUGAACAGACUUGGUCACAUUGUGGAAGAAGCAGAGCCCAUCUUGACGGGUGAAGAAGCUGCAAAAAGGUUGGUGACGCUUCCUCUGAUCUGCGACUUGCACACUUUCAUCCAACAAGUUCCACUGCUUAAGCCUAGACGACAAAAGCUUGGCAUUGGACUUGGUAAAACCAAGAUCUCUGAUCAAAUCGUUGAGGUCUUUUUGGUUGGGGUAGAAUGGGGUUCUCUACUCAGCUCCACCUCUUAAAUUGUCAUCUGGAUCUACAACGUCUUCCUUGCUCUCUGACUUGCUGCUCUCUUCUAAAGACAGCUACUCUCUCUCCGGAGGAGUGGGUACGGGGAGCUCAUGGCAGUGUAGCACUGGGAUGAAGGAAGGUCCGGAUACGUGAUAGCAGGUGUAUUCUUGCCAGUCCGACGUUUGGAAGGGUCCACCAUGCAGAAUUAGCAGUUGCUUGAGUGGUCAGUGGGUUCCCGCCAAAUUCUUAGGAUAGUGAACUUCAUGGCUCUCUUUUCCCCUCUGUACCAUCCUACAAAAAUAUAUUUAUUUCACCCAUGACUAAUGUGUAAGAGAUUUUCACAACAUUUUUCAUUCAUAUAUAUAUGUUUUCAAUAACAUUGAAAAUUGUAAAACAGUUUAAAAUGAAAAAAAAACAAAAAAAUUUAACAUUUUAACAAAUUUUAUAACGUAAAUUUCCGUGCAACAAUUGUACAUCUUAUCUUCCAGAGUAUUUUUGCAGUGCUCGCAGGUGAAAUGAGGUGCCCAGGGUUUGUCUCGAUCCACGACAGGCAUGCUGUAAUAUGCCUUGUUGGCCUCACACAUCUUCGCAGAUGCUUCCACAGAGUACUUUUUCGCUUUUUGUCUUGAUAAAUUGGCCGCAGACAUAGUAAAAUGCGUCCGCCGGAUGCAUGCAGCCUCUCAAUGCCAUCUCAGAAAAAUGUAUCCAGUUAGGCAGCUGGAACUAAACUGAACUGGUGGACUUAUUUAUACUACUAUUUAUAUUACUGGAAAGUUCUAGAAUGUUCCAGAAGUUACUCCAAGUUUACUCAGCACUGAAUCUAUCUGGAAUGUUCUGGAAAAAAGGUAAAUUUCAAAAUAUCACUGUUCUGGUCACAAAAGCAAAGUUUGUGGGGAAUAAUAGCUAUUUUCUGUACUUUUGAGGCCUAAGCAAUUAGGAAAUAACACUACCCAGAAACAAAAACUAUCUGUUACACUGUAAUUAAUUGUGAUUCAUACGUUACCUUCAAAUUACAUAUUAAAGCAAUGACUUUAGGUAUUUCAUUUCUAGAUUAUUUCAGUUGCAUAAUUUUAAAAAAUAACUCACGUUUAUUUCAGCUUUUAAUAUGUUCCAUGAAUAAAGUACAUACAUUUAUUUUGAUAACUAGACACAGUAGUGUUAUCUCUGUCCUGUAUGUGACCUAGGGAAUGUUAAAGUGAAUGGCAGUGCAGUGGUCAGUGUGCUGUGCUAUAAAUCCAGUGAUCUGGGUUCAAUUCCUGCUCACGACCAAUAACAAUGGCGAAUAUCUGAACCGGUUCUGGGUCUCACCUAGGUCAACUUAGCCUCAAAUGAGGACCUGGUGCAUUGUUUGAACAUCAGCAUUGGGGAGACAAAGGUGGCCAGGCGUCGUGCUGACCAACCACCCGCUCACAUGCUGGCAUACAUAGAUGCUAGCAAACAGCACUUCCCUAACAGUCUGUCAAAGGCUACACGGUGGACCUUUGCCUUUGUAUCAGUGUUCAUUGAUCUUUUACAAAAAAAAAUUCAGCCACUGUAUUAAGAAUAUUAUGGCAUACUAACACAUUCUACGUUUCAAAUUGAGGAAGUGCAUAUGCUUGUGAGGUUGUUGUUGACAUAGAAAUUCCCAGGUCAAGCUGCCUUGACACAAUUCUACAUUCAGAUAUAGUACCUUGAAUCAAUCAUGUGUUUUUCUAAUGUAUUGGUCAACAUUUUCAUACUGUGGCAAAAUUUAACUCCUUCAACUAGCAAAAAAUAAUACUCAAGGGUGAGCAGAAAAAGUUUGACCUUUCACAGCAAUUUAUAUUCCUUAAAAUAUAUCAUACGAAUGUAUUUCCAAGAAAAUAUUGACCUUAAAAUGUAACUUUGCAUCUGUUUUACAUUAUUGAGUAAGCAUACGAUGUGAAAUGUACAUUACACCAAAAUAGCAACCUGGCCAAUUAAUUACGGACAUUUUAUUCAUAAAAACUAGAAAAUUUAGAUGAAAGGUUUUCAAUAGAUGCAAGAAGUAGAUGUUGCAGUCAAUGUCAAGGUUGCUAAAAGUUGCAAACCAAUCUCACAGCGGUAAAAGUCACCCGCAAAUCAUGCGUUGACAGUAUUUUAAGUCACUCAUUACAAAAGAAAUCCCUACAACUUGGCAGGAGUAAUUAUGUUGCAAAAUUCAAUGACUUGUGAUAAAAGGACACUAUUUCCAGUUUAACCAGUCAUCCUUGCAUUAAUUUACAUUCUUUAUAUCGUGCAAAAUGUAUUUGACCUCUAUCGUUACUUUUAGUGGAACAUUGGACAAAAAAAUCAGUCGUGGUUUUUAACCUGUAUGCUAAAAAAACUUUACCUAGAAACUGUUGUGGUUUAUUUAACUACACAAUUUUCCACAUUGUUGUAAUAAGGUGGCAUACAUCUGAACAAACAGGGUCAUGGUGCUGCACGUUACAAGUUGAAAUGAUUGUGAUUGUUAGAACUUUGAAAGUGCUUAUGUCCGUAGCCGAUGCAAAUGUGUUUUGUUUGCUUUGACACAAAUACGUACGAAAUCAAGCAUGGCUUAGAUUAUUCUCUUUUGAUGGGGACAGUAACGAGAAUGAGGUCCCGAAGUAAUGGAGAUGUCUAUUCCAAUUACGCAUCAAAUUGUUAUUCUACUCAUGCCUGACCAACAGAGCACCUAAUGCUAAUUGCUGCUUAAUGAAAGCUGGUAAUACCUGCACACUGACCGUGCUUUAAAGUGGCUACCUACAGAAUUUUUGAAAUGUUUAAAAUGUUUUAUAUCUAUACAAUUAUAAUAAUACAUAUUUGUGUCCACUGUCUGGUCAUCAUGCAUCGCAACUGCAUAGUGGCCAAAUAAAAUUAGUAUUCUCUGUUGCUGAAAUGUAUUUCAUUUCUAUUGCAACUGAGUUUCGUCUUUUAGCUGUUGUGGAAAAUGAUCAUUGCAUUCUAUAGUUCAUACCACAGGAUGCUCGACACUGGUUUGUGUCCACAUGUAAAAAAUGCUCUAUUUACUGACAGCAGAAAAACAUAGUGGCAACGUUUUGUUUAUAUGUAACAGUUUUCAGGAUAUACAGAGCACCGCAAUGCAGUAAGGAAACUGACACACGAGUAUUUCCAGUCUGUGCUGUGGAAAAUGGGGUCCAGGUUGUUAAUAGCAAUUGGCUUUGUUGCCAAUUCACGCACGACAAGCCAUGCCUAUCACAUUGGUAACACACACAAACGAAUACCUACAUUUGUACAUUUAAGCUUCAAUAAUUUUAUAGUCUGGAGUUACUGUGACCCAUGUUCUUGCAUAAAAAAGAAAUCUUUAAAAAAACUAGACGUUUGCAGUUGUUCGUGUGUGCGUGCUACAAAGUGACUUUGCAUUGUGAAUAUUCAUCUGUAAUUGAUUACGAUGCUGUGUAUACGACUGUAUAUAGGAGUGUACAUAAUUGAUUAAUUGUGUAUUGCAAAAAAAAGUCGAUUAUUAAAUACAAAUGUAAAGUUCAUUAUUUAUUUUACAAACUGUAAAUAGGUUUAACGUUCCCCGGUGAUUCUUGCAAAGAACCAACAGGGGUAACCACUGCUCGUGGAUAUUCCCAUUGGUGCUUUGCAGAGUUGUUACUCGGUGGCGUCACUGCGUGGCACGGCGUAUGCAUGCGUUUUUGGUACUGAUUGGUUUCAAGAGGACAAGUUGGUGAGUGAACAUUUGAAAGGGUUUUAUGGGAAAAAAUCCAAUUGAUUUUUAUUUUUUAAAAGGUGAAUACUGUGGCAGUAUGAAGCCAGGAUAAAAGGCCCUGCACUUGUGCAGAAUGUUGUCAGUGCCAUAACUAAAGUUUGGGCUUCUGUACUCACUUGGAACAUUGAUUCCAAACCUAACAAACACGUUUCUUUUUGCACACUUUAGCCAACUUGAAGGUUUGUAGGCCUCCUGGGAAUGUUUGAAAGUGAUCAAUUGUAAAAUGUCUUUUAUAUAUAUAAUUUCAUAUUUGCCAUUUUGCUGCUAGUCGGUGGUCUUUUCCUUCUUUAUAUAACAACAAUGAAUUCACAGUGCUAGGAACACUUUGCCCAAGAAGCACUGUUAGACUACUCCAAAUGACUGCCAGUUGAUGUUUUUGUCGACCCAAUACCAGGUGCUCCCAGACUACAGAAGAAAGUGUUUCUCUCUUUUGUCAGUUUUCGUGGCUUCGGUGGUGGCUACAGCCCAAUCCUGUACACAUGACGAUUUGGAACGGCGUUUCUGAGCAGGCAUUGUAGGUGAGGGGUCUGAACUGGAUUGCAUGACAUAAUUGAACCCUCAAGGUGCAGUGCCAAUUCAUUUAUUUAUUUGUCACUCAGGACUUGAACCCAACAUCUCAGAAACACUAGCUCAAUUAACUGGCUACUCAGCCACAUCCUAUUACUAUUUUUUUUAUUAGGACCUUGAAACUUACGUAUACCAACGCAUGGAAGGACAGGAUGCAGACAUGUAUUCAGCUGUUCAAAACCUAUGCCCUGCGUCUCUCACCCAGUUUGGCUUCCACAUCUCUUUCCGAAGAAAAGAUUGCGAUGAAAUUUAAUCUAACUUAUUGGAAGGAUUAAACAAAUUGCAUAUGCAAUGAUGACAUCAGCAAAAUACUGCAUCAAACUGCAAGAAUGUCCAUUUUGAUGCCCUUUAUCAAUAUCACAUAUGCAUUUUACCAUUAAUGUGGAAAUGUCACUUAACAAAAUACAUAAACCUUAGUUUUUCUCUUGGGCACUUUUACAUAUAUAGCAGGGUCUUUUAUCAGCUGCUUAUCGCAAUGAAAUAACAUAUUUUAAAUAUAAGCUUUUGCUUAUUUUUUUUCAUCAUAAUAAUUGUAGCAAUCACAUAAUUAACUUAGCCAUGGCUAGAUAUGCCAGUUCCAACGAUUGAAUUGUUUUGACAAUUGCAACUAAGUCUCUGACUACUCUGAACCUCAGUUGAAUUAGUUCUAGUGCCAAAAAUAGAAUUUCUAAAUUAUUAUUCCCUACAAUAUUCGCAGAAGCCACAAGUAUGCCAAUAAAAUAUGGAUAUGAUUUUGGCACUUGUUCAGCUGGCCGAGCUGUACAGAUCAAACUGAAAAUCUAAAAGCUGAUCGAUAGCUUAGCAUACUUAACACAAUUAUACUCGUGGAACAAAAUAUCCGAUUUUUUUACAGUUAUCAAUUCAACAAAUUAUACUUUCCACGUGAUGUGCUUUAAUAAUAUAACGCUGUGGAUUGAGCGAAGCCCGCGGAGCAGCUGACACCAAUAGUAUGUGGAAUGCAGCACAAAUGGUGCAAAUAGUCACAAUGUUUUUUGUGAUGGUUUUGGAUUAUAUUUUGCAAAAAUAGCCUUUCAGUGCUAUACCAAAGUACCAAAAAACAUGCAAUGUUUUAAAAAAGGAAAGGAAUAACGACGUGAAACAAUUAAUAUCUGUCAGUUAUUUUGUCGUAAUUAACACAACCUGAGUAGCGGUUCGGUAUACAGUACAACAUCGUUGGCGCUACUGGGCUCUACUUUUACACUUCCUGUAUGCUAGAAAUAUAUAUUUAAAAAAUUGUCAUAUACA